GUCCUCUCCAGGCAACGGUCCUGGGGACCCACGACGCUGCUGGCUGCAGCAUGGACCGCAUCUACCCGCUGGCGGUGCCCAAGAGGCGCCGGCUCUGCUGCGAGGUGUGCGAAGCCCCGGCCGAGCGCGUGUGCACGGCCUGCACGGUCACUUAUUACUGUGGUGUGGUUCAUCAAAGAGUUGACUGGGACAGCAUCCACGAGCAGAUCUGUCAGCUCCUGAUCCCGCUGCGCACUUCCAUGCCCUUCUACAAUUCAGAGGAAGAGCGGCAGCACGGCCUGGAGCAGCUUCGCCAGCGGCAGAAGCACUUGAUUGAAUUCUGCUACACCGUAGGCCAGAAAUACCUCUUUGAAGGAAAACACGAAGCCGCUGUCCCGGCAGCUUUGCAUUCACUUCGCUUCCGCAUGAACGUGUUCGGCCUGAGCUCCGUACAGCUUGUGCCUGCUUACCUGCUGCUGGCCGAGGCGAGCCUGGGUCUGGGCCAGAUUGUCCAAGCUGAGGAAUACCUAUCCCAAGCCCAGUGGACAGUCCUCAAAUCGACGGAAUGCUCUGAUGCCACCCAGUCUUUGCUGCAUCGGAACCUCGGACUUCUGUACAUAGCUAAGGAAAACUACGAGGAAGCUCGUUAUCAUCUGGCCAAUGAUAUUUAUUUUGCCAGUUGUGCAUUUGGAACAGAGGAUAUCAGGACCUCAGGAGGCUACUUCCACCUGGCUAAUGUCUUCUAUGGCCUUAAAAAGUUGGACGUGGCAGACACGUUGUACACCAAGGUCUCUGAGAUCUGGAAUAAAUACUUGAGCACUCGCUGCCAGGUGCUCUCAGAGGCUCACAACCAACAGAUAGACUUACUGGGCAAACGAUUUGAGACCGACACCGGCUUGGAUGAAGCCCAGGAAGCAGAAGCCAUUCAGAUCCUGACGUCAAUCUGGAUCAUUCGAGACUCUACAUCUGACACAGCCCCCCAAAAAACUAUCUUCAUUCUAAAUACCCUCGUCAUGCUUUACUACCUGAUGAUGAAUUCUUCAAAGGCACAAGAAUAUGCCAAGAAAGCCUUCAGCCUAGCCGAAGAACACCAUCUCAGUGUCCAUGAACAAAGUACCAUUCAAGAGUUUCUAAGUCUUAUCUCAGCUGAACAAGCUCAUUCUACUACUUAGUGGCCCAUGAGCGCCGCGUCAGGGGCUCUUCAAGGGGCUAGUGACCUUCUAAUGCAUUCCAGCCUGCACAACCGCUUUGAGGCACUGUGACUCACUGAAGGUCCCCCUCUCUCCCCUGGGACUAAACACAUAGCCAUGUUUUUAUUUUUAACACAGCACACGUGAGGGAAUAUAGAGCUUUAGACAUAAACAUCAGUAAAACCGAUCUUCAUUAUGACUUUGCCCUUGGCUUAUCGUGACUUUGUAUGACUUUGAGUAUUGUGCUGUCAGCUUAUUAAUACAGUACUUUUAAUUAAAGCACAAAUAGUUUAUCAUUUACCAGAAGUCUCCCAGGGACAUACAUUUCACAGAUCUUUGCCAAAGAAGGGUGUAGGGGAUAGAGUUAUACUGGAGCAAAGUUUUCCUGUUCUACUGGAAUUAAGCAUUAUCCUGAGGUAGAUUGUGACUCAAAUGUCCGUUAUAGUUCUUAAAGCAAUCACUGAGAAAAUUACGCUGAAAGGUAGUUACAAAUCGACAAAGAAAUUAAAAUGGUACACUAGAAAAUAUCCACUUAAUGAAAAAGAAGGCAGAAAAGGAGGAAUAGCAGAACACAAAGACACAAGACAUGUCAAAUACAAGUAGCAAAACGCGACAUCCACCGGACAUCUUUGCAGGGCACCCAGUCUGGAUUGGCUGAGAUGCCAUUCCGGGCUGGGGUCUUUCUCGUCUUUGACAAUGACUGAAGCAGACAUGCGCCAUCUAUACUGAUGGAAAGGACAGAGCACAGGCCUCCAUGGCAGACAUACCUGGGUUCAAAGCCCCAUUCUCUCACUUUAAUAGCUUUGUGACCUUGACCCCUCCCAUAACCUCAUCCAUUAUUGUUGUAAAAUGGCCCUCAUGUGACCAAGGCUGUAUCGGCUCCUCCCAUCCAUGGCCCUGGUCAUUUAGCACAGCCUUUUUUUCCCCUCCAGACUCGCUAAGCAGCCUGCCCAUGAGCACUUUGCAUCCUGGGUAGAUCUGCAUCCAAGUGGGAGAAUGUUGGGGACCUGUGGGGCAGCUUUAUGUCCCUCCCUGUAAAUUAAGUCACCCCGACACAUAUAAUAAAUGUAUGUCUGGUGGGCCAUGCUGCCCCUUGAGGCCUAGGGAAAAUCUUCUGGAACCCCCAUUCCGUGCCCCUGGGUUCCUUCUGCUUCUCCACGAUGGCUAAAGUCGCAGGGCCUUACUUCUUGCCACAUGCCUGGGAUUCCAGCUGCAUCGUCCUCUGCACGGUUCAUCUCGAAGCUGUUGGCACCUCUCUCCCAGAACACACCCCCUGCUGCUUGACUGUCACCCCCUGACCCCAGAUAUGAGUCCACCCUUUCAAAUAGAUGUCUGGUGAAGACUGGAGGGGUGCGGAGGGGGAGCGACAAAUCUUCAGCAGAUAAUAUAAAAGAAAAUAUUGGAACCUCCCUAUUCUGAAGAAGUCUAUCAACUCCAUUUCAUUGAACCUAGCUCUCUCCUCAACCGUACUCACUGGCCCCUUUCUCUUUUGUCCCCUCUCUGAAAUCUGUUCUCUGUCUUCUCCACCCCGGAGUUCUUGUUCAUGACUCCUUCCCCACUGAAUCUACUUAUAAAAUUAUUGUUUAAAUUAAA